GGCAUUUCGACGCUUUAAAAUCGGCACAUCACGAUCGUGGCGGGCCGUGAGAGGUUCUAGAUUUCUCGGCUGCAAGAUGCGCAAGGUCAGUGGCCUGCGCCAGGACAGCGGUCGCCUUCAAAUCACAGGCGCUCGCCAGCGCAGCAGCGAGCAGACAAAGCUGCUCGCCGCCGUGGGUCGUGACCUCUUCCGGUCCGGCUUGCGCGUCGAUGGCGCCGGCACCAAAGCGUCGCACGCCGAGCCCCGGCACCCAGCGAUCUCGCCCAACUUGGACACGAUUCCGGAAGGCGAACGCGUCGAGCCGAGUCGCGCGCAGCAGGCGCAAGUGAUCGUCGUCCUCGGCGGGCCAUUGGGCCGCGCCAACCUGCCGGGGCCGUGGCUCAGCCAGCGCAUCGAGACAGCGCUGCCUCUGUACCAGUCGAUCGUCCAGCAGCAAGGCUCGACGUGCUAUGUCGUGCCGUUUGGCGGCGACGGCAGCGAAGAGGGCGUUUUGGAGUGCGAAGUCGCCCGCAACCACUUGGUGCAACGCGGCGUCUCGCCCCACCACGUGCUCUUGGACUGCAACGCGGCCAACACGAUCGAGAACAUAUUGACGCUGCUGCCGCUCUUGCGGCACUUGCGCGUCGGUAUCGUGCGCGUUGUCACGUCGAGCUUCCACAUGCCACGUAUGCAGCUCUACUUUGACAGCAUCUUGCACCGAUGUCGCGAUGCGACGUUCGAGAUCUACUACCACCCGACGCGUCGCGAUCAUCUCACGCUCCUCCAGCAGCGCGACCUCGAGGCCAAAGAGCUCUCGCUCAUGACCAGCACGCGCCGCCAACUCGACGAGGCCAUGCAGAGCGUCCAAGCGCAGACGGCGCCGGCGCAGCAGUACCUGCCCUAUCUGCACCAAGCGACCCGCCCGCCGCCCUCGGCCAGCACGUACGACGAGCGCAUCAAGGCGCCCGCACCGCCGACGUCCUUCUACGGCUUUAACCAUCAUUAAUCCGACAGAUAUACAACGGUUGCAGUAGUCCA